AUGUGCUCGAAUUUCUCGGAUUCGUCUUUUUUUUCGCGUCCGACGUGUUUUUCCACGACGUUAAUCAUUUUUCCCGUCUGUGUGUGUCAUUUGUUCACCUCGAAAAUAUCCGUUCGUUCCUUGUUUUUUUUUUUUCUGCGCCAAAGUAUUUCCGAAAUUCGUUUCAGGUAUGGAAAUAGUUGGAUAGGAAUGUCGUUCAAAUGGCCCUGGCAAUAUGAUUUCCCUCCAUUUUUCACGUCAGUUUAUGGGUUUUUAUUGAUUUUUUUGUGAGAUAGAAUUUUGGCAGUGAUUCUAGAAAGUUAUGAAAAAUGUUUAGUUAAGGUUAAAAAGUUAAGUUAAAAUGGUAUAAUUUUUUUACUAAAUUUCAGAAAAAAACGAUCAAUUUUCAAUUAACUCAUUCGUUUUUGGAUAGCAAAAAAACAUGAAACUUCCUAAGGAAAAAUGUGAAAAAUUAUUAUUAUUUUUUUGAUAUAAGCUUUUAAGAAAAAUUUUUUUUUCUGUACAAAUUAUGCUCGAGAAACGAAAUCCGUAACUUUUUAUUUUGCUCCACAAAAAAAUCAUUUUUUUCGCUGCCUUUUUCUCAGUGGUUAAAAAUAUCGAAAAAUUAAAUUUGUACCAGUUUUUUUAAAUUUCUUAUCAUUUUUUUGAUCCAAGUAUUAUUGAAAAAUGACUAGCGUUUUUCAAAUUUUUUUGAGCCUUAUUUCCAGUUAGGAUUCCAUUGGAAACUUUUUCUUAGCUUUUUUUGUAAAAAUGAAGAUUAAAAAUCGACGAAGGCCGAUAUUCCGUUGAAAUUUCACUUUUUCCUAACCGAAAUUCUGAAUUUCCUAUUGAAUAAAGAUAUCAGAAAACUAACAAUUACUCAAAAAUUAGUGCUGGUUUCAACUUUUUGAUCCAUAAAAGUUUUUUUCCGGCGAACAUUUCGCAGAAAUUAAAAAUCUUUGAAGCUGUUUUUUUGAGAAUUUGUACAGAAAAAAAGUGAGAUCCUCAAAAAAAUCAUAUUAUUUUAGGGCAAUCGAACUUUAUUUUAAAGAAGAAAUCUUCUUCGAUCAAUAAAAUGUACCUCAAAAGUAGAAUUUUCAGGUUUUUUGCAUACAAACUUAACAUAAUGAUAUUUUUGUCGCAAUUGAACAGAAUUUUCAAGAGGAAAGCUUCUUGAUAUCAAGAAAAUGUUCAUGAAAAGUUGAAUAUUAUGUCAUUUUUGCAGACUUCAAAAGACGCUGGUAACCCGCGACAAGCAACUGGAGGCUUGGGCGCGGCUCGUCGUCGAUUAUACACAAUUCCACAAAGUCUACACGUUGGACGUGAACGAAGUCACGAACAGCGAACUCUUCUCCAACACAAAACUCAAUCGUCAGUAUAAUAUCCUUGUAGUUUUCCUGAGAAGAAAGUGUUUUUCAAUGAUUUUGCGCCAUCUUGUUCCCGUUUCAAAAAAAAUGUAUACCAAAGUUCCCUUCGAGACCUUUUUUGCAGUUCUUUAGAGGUUCCAUAAUGGUCCCUAUAAGGGUUAGAGGAAAAACAGCCCUCAUGGGGUCCGAAAAAGUAGUCGCUAUAGGGCGUCAGGCACUGAUUCCUUAGCUCCAUAAAGCUCAAGUGGUUCCUAUAGGGGUUUUUCUUUUAAUAUUCUCUCUUAAUAUAAUAAGUUAAUUGUGCAUUCACUACUUUUUCACUACUUUUCAUUGAUUUCAAUUUUAGUUCUUAUUUUAUCGAAAAAAGCUUUUUUUCUUUCAAUAGUUUGAGGAGUUUUUUUUUUCGUUUUGACCUUAAUCAAUUUAUAUUCACUGAUGUAGAAAAGUUUGGUUUGGUACAACUUUCAAAAAAAAAAAAUGAGGAGUUGCAGAAAGUUUUCAAUAGGAUAUUCAGGAAAAAAACGAUUUCAAAUAAAAAGUCCGAUUUUUUUCAGGCCGAUUACCGCCCGAUGGAGUGAAAGCUGUGUUUGAAUAUUUGGAACAGAAAAAGUGGGUUUUUUUCUUCGUUUUUUUAUGA